GGUCGGCGGGGAGGCGGCACCACCUUUCACCCGCGGCGCGGACCCGGCUCUCGCCAGCCGCCGGGGUCGGGCCGCCCGGGCAGGGAUGGCAGCGGCAGCCGAGCCCCGGGCCCGUGCCUGGCUCGGCGGUAGCUCGCCGCGCCCGGGCAGCCCGGCCUCCAGCCCCGAGCUAGGCGGCAGAGGCCGUGCGCUCCCGGGACCAGGGCCGGGGCCGGGGUCGGGGUCUGGCCCGGAGCGGGCGGGCGCCAGGACCCCAGGCCCCGCCGCGUCUGGCCACAGCUUCCGGAAGGUGACGCUCACUAAGCCUACCUUCUGCCACCUCUGCUCCGACUUCAUCUGGGGGUUGGCCGGCUUCCUCUGCGACGUCUGCAACUUCAUGUCCCACGAGAAGUGCCUGAAGCACGUGAAGACACCCUGUACGGGUGUGGCGCCCAGCCUGGUCCGAGUCCCUGUGGCCCACUGCUUCGGCCCGCGGGGCUUCUACAAGCGCAAGUUCUGCGCCGUGUGCCGCAAGGCCCUGGAGGCCCCCGCGCUCCGCUGUGAAGUGUGUGAGCUGCACGUUCACCCCGACUGUGUGCCCUUCGCCUGCAGCGACUGCCGCCAGUGCCACUGGGAUGGGCACCGGGACCACGACACGCACCACCACCACUGGCGGGAGGGGAACCUGCCCUCUGGUGCGCGCUGUGAGGUUUGCAGGAAGACAUGCGGCUCCUCGGAUGUGCUGGCGGGCCUGCGCUGCGAGUGGUGCGGCGUGCAGGCCCACUCAGUCUGCUCCGAGGCGCUUGCCCCGGAGUGCACGUUGGGGCGCUUGCGCACCAUGGUCCUCCCGCCGGCGUGCGUGCGCCUGCUGUCCCGAAACUUCAGUAAGAUGCACUGUUUCCGCAUCUCUGAGAGCACGGCCCCAGAGCAAGGUGAGGGGGACGAUGGUGCGGACGGAAGCGCCCCCGCUGGGCUGGGCAGAGAGGUGCUGGCCCCGGAGUCCAGCAAACAGACCCUGAAGAUCUUUGAUGGCAACGAUGCUCUGCAGAGAAACCACUUUCGUGUUAUCUCUGUCCCCCGCCAGGCCAGGAGUCAGGAGAUGCUGGAGGCAGCACUUCGGGCUUACUAUGUCAUGGAGGACCCUUGCGACUUCGAGCUGCAGGCCCUCCCCCCAUCUGUCCCCACCGUGGACAUGGGGACCCGGGGCAGGACCCGGGCUGGAGGGAGUGCAGAGGAGGAGGGCAGCAGAGGCCCGGGAUCCCGAGAGGCCGCCCCCGAGGCCUGGAUCCUCCGUGCUCUGCCCCACACACAGGAAGACCUAAAGAUCUACCCUGCCUGGCUCAAGGUGGGUGUGGCCUACGUGUCCAUCCGUGUGACCCCACGGAGCACAGCCCGGACCGUGGUGCUGGAGGCUCUCCUGCUGCUCGGCCGUCAGGCUGAGGGUCCUGAGAGCUUCCAGCUGGAGGAGGUGCUCAUGGGCAGCAGGCAAGUCCAGCGGACGGUGCUGGAGGAUGAGGAGCCCUUGCUCGCCCGGCUUCAUGACAUCCGGCAGACGUCCCUGCGACAGAUGACCCAGACGCGGUUCUAUGUGGCUGAGAGCAGAGCUGUGGCCCCCCGUGUCUCCCUGUAUGUUGCUGGCCUGCCUUUCGGGCUGUCUGCCCAGGAGUAUGGCAGCCUGCUGGAUGAGGCUGUGGCCACCAAAGCUGGCCUGGUGUCCGUAAGCCACGUCUACUCCUCCCAAGGUGCCGUGGUGCUGGACGUGGCCUGCUUCGCGGAGGCCGAGCGGCUCUACAUGCUGGUCAGGGACACAGCUGUGCACGGCCGGCCGCUCACCGCCCUGGUGCUCCCAGACGUGCUGCACACGAAGCUGCCCCCAGACUCCUGCCCCCUCCUUGUGUUUGUGAACCCCAAGAGUGGAGGCCUCAAGGGCCGUGACCUGCUCUGUAGUUUCCGGAAGCUGCUGAACCCUCACCAGGUCUUUGAACUGACCAACGGGGGGCCUCUUCCUGGGUUCCACGUGUUCUCUCAGGUGCCCUGCUUCCGGGUGCUGGUGUGUGGUGGGGACGGCACUGUGGGCUGGGUGCUCGCCGCCCUGGAGGAGAUGCGGCACCGUCUGGCGUGCCCGGAGCCUUCCGUGGCCAUCCUGCCGCUGGGCACAGGGAAUGACCUCGGCCGGGUCCUCCGCUGGGGGGCGGGCUAUAGUGGGGAGGACCCAUUCUCCGUGCUGGUGUCAGUGGAUGAGGCUGACGCCGUGCUCAUGGACCGCUGGACCAUUCUGCUGGACGCUCACGAGGCUGGCGCUGCAGAGGACAGCGUGGCAGACGUUGAGCCCCCCAAGAUUGUGCAGAUGAGUAACUACUGCGGGAUAGGCAUUGAUGCAGAGCUGAGCCUGGACUUCCACCAGGCACGGGAGGAGGAGCCUGGCAAGUUCACAAGCAGGUUCCACAAUAAAGGCGUGUAUGUUCGGGUUGGGCUACAGAAGAUCAGCCACUCCCGUGGCUUACACAAGGAGAUCCGGCUGCAGGUGGAGCAGCAGGAAGUGGAGUUGCCAAGCAUUGAGGGUCUCAUCUUCAUCAACAUCCCCAGCUGGGGCUCGGGGGCCGAUCUGUGGGGCUCCGACAGUGACUCAAGGUUCGAGAAGCCACGCAUGGAUGACGGGCUGCUAGAGGUGGUGGGGGUGACGGGCGUCAUGCAUAUGGGCCAGGUCCAGGGCGGGUUGCGCUCCGGCAUCCGCAUCGCCCAGGGCUCCUACUUCCGCGUCACCCUUCUCAAGGCCACGCCCGUGCAGGUGGAUGGUGAGCCCUGGGUCCAGGCUCCUGGGCACAUGAUCAUCUCAGCUGCGGGCCCCAAGGUCCACAUGCUCAGGAAAACCAAGCAGAAGCCCAGGAAGGCGGGAACCCCCAAGGAUGCCCGAGCAGACGGGGUGCCCAUCCCUGAAGGGGACUCCAAAUAGCGGGACCCUGCAGCAGCUUGCUUGUACAGCAGCAGCGGGCGCCAGCCAGUGGUGGAUGGACUUGCCUAUGGCUUUGACUGGGGGCAUUUCCUCCUCACCCCUAUGCACCUGGAAGCUGCAUGGGGUAGCAGCUGUUUCCCCCCGGCCUCCGAUCCAGUGACAGGCUGGGUGUGGGGCUUUGGCUGGCCAGUUGUCCCGCCCCCUGGGAUCCAGGCCACCAUCCUGGGCGGAAGGCAUUUCUCAUGUUGCGUCCCCCCACCGUCUGUGAGCCCACCGAGCUGAGCAGCACCGAAUCUUGGGCCAUCCCCCCGGAUGUUCCUAACAGAGUGGGCCCAGUACAGACCCCGAAUGCCCCAACCACCAGGGCCUGCGGCCUACCUUCCCACUGAGGGCUGGGUGGAGACACCUGUCACUUGUCUUGGAGAAGCUGCCUUCUUUCCCGGCCCUGCCACUGUGGAGGAGCUGCUUGGGCUGCAUGUGGGGGGGCGGAGGGCCCUGAGGCCAGGUGGGCUUGGCUGACAUCCUGGAGAUGCAGCAGGAGGGAAGCUGGGCCCUCAGGGGCUGGGGCAGAGUAUGCAGAAGGGACCAAAAGCAAACCCA